UCAGUGGGGAAAGGGUGAUUAUCAUGUAAGAUAGUACAAAAGACAUUGCCUCUUGUUUGAGAAGCUGCAAAACUUUUCCUGAGAGUCUCCUGGAGAACUCUGCCCUGGAAUGCAUUCCUGACUCAAGCUGGUUGCUCAAGAAGGGUGUCUGCAAUUGAUUUGGUUGGGGUUUUGGGCCCCCAUCCGAACCCUCGGAUUAAAAUUCUCCGUCAUUUCUGGUGUCAGGAGCGGGAUGGAUCAGGACACCAGGUGAUUGUGACGGGCCGGACCGGAGAGACUGAACAGAAAGGCGCCAUACAAAUCGGUAAGAGAUCCGUGUUACAAAAUCUCACUGUUCCCUUCCUCUCUCCCUGUCCUGAACGGCUGCUUUCACUGGCGGUGAGCGUCCACCCUACGUUAAGAACACCCUUCCCAAGCAACUGUAAGUCUUUCUCUUUUCUUUUUCUUUAUUUUUUUUUCUCUCUCCUUCCUUUUGAAUAAGUUUGUUAGAAAGGGACAGUGGUAGGCCACUGAAACAGGGUCAGCUCAGGCUUGAAGCUGAGAGGAAGGCAGGUUAGUGCCGGAUUGGAACUGUCUUAUAGGUAAUAGGACAGGGAUUAUGGGGAAUAAAGGAUCUAAGAUAGAUCCAAAAACCCCAUUGGGUAAAAUGCUGCAGAUUUAUAGCCAGCCAGGGAAAUUGCCAGCAGGUCUUAAGCUCAGGAGGCUGGCAAAGCUCACACAUGAGUGGAAUGAAUAUACUUAUGUAGAAUCAGAACUACAAUUCCCAGUUCAAGGUACCUUUCAAUUAGACAAAUUAAAUUAUUUGAAGGGUGUCUUAGAGUCCAGUCACCCCUCCCAGAUGAAUUAUUGGCACCUCUGGGAUGAUCAGGCCUCUAAAUUAAGAGAUAAAUCCAGAAUGGCUAGCCUGAAGGACACAAAUGAAAAACUAAAAAAACAAUUGGCAGAAGUAAAGGAGAAAUCGGACUCCUCUAAAGUUUGUCCCCCUCCGUACAACCACAUUCCUACACCAAGCACGCCAGGCGGACUCUACCCAUGCCUCUGGAAGCCACCAGCUCUGCUGCCAGAUCCACCUGAAGAUCUAUUAGACAUGUGGGUCCCCAACUUCCCAGCUCCCCUUCCCACCCACCCCCACCAGCAUCAGCAAAUAUUGCUUACCAAUAAUUCAGCUGCACCAGCCCAAUUUGAAUGCCUCGCACAUGCUAACAGUUCUGCAGGGGCGGAGGAGGGGGCUGCCCUGGCCAAAAGAACCUCAGAUACUGAUAUUAACCCCGAGCAUACUCAGAGUCCGGUAAUUCCAAAGCUGUCAGAAGUCUCCAUACAGCUGUUGCAGCGGACAUUGGCUAAAGAGUGCCCAUACUGAUAAAACUGAUACUGUAUCAGUAGGAAACAGACGCGGACUCUGCAGCCAGGAAUGCAGCUGCCCGUGGACUUCCAGCUCCAUUUCAAGCCUGGUCUCUGUUUCUGUUCCCCGGACCCAAAAUGGUUUAUCCCUGUUGCAAUCUAGGGCACCUGAGAAGGAACAACACAAUUGGUACAAAGCUGGGUGUCCUAUUCAAGAUAACAUUUGGCUUUCACCAGAUGGACGACCUUCUACUUCUACGUUGAUGUCCCAAUUGGCUCCCAUUACCCAUGGAUUAGGACAGAUGAACAAAAGGGGGGGAGGGGGAGGACCAGAUUCUGAAGCAUUGGUAUGUGCCCGGGAUUCACCAAGCUGCUGCUGCUAAAAUCACCAGCCAUUGUGCUACUUGCCAAAGGUUCUCUAUCCAGGGUGGAGAAAAGACGACUCUGAGUGCUCAUACUUGGGCCUAUGGACCCUUCCAAUAUUUGCAGAUUGAUUCUAUAGAGUUAACCCUUUCCUGUGGGUUUUAAGUAUUGUAUGUGUGUUCAGUGGUUGGGCGGAAGCUUUCCCUUGCGGCCGAGCGGAUGCCACUACUGUGUUAAAGAAAUUAGCUCCUGAGGUGAUUCUCAGAUUUGGAAUUUUAAAAAUUGACUCUGAUAAGGGAACCCAUUUCAUGGCCAAAAUCCUGCAAGAUCUGUGUAGAGCCCUCCACAUAGAACGGUUCCAUCCCCCAUAUCAUCCACAAAGUUCAGGGCAUGUUGAAAGGAAAAACCUCGCUAUCAAACGGAAGUUAAGCAAGAUUCUCUCUGAUACUGGACUAAAGUGGCCACAGGCAUUGCCCCUUGCCUCAUGCAUAUCCAAAAUACCCUGAACCGCAAACAUGGUCCCAUCCCUCAUGAAAUUCUAUUUGGGAGACCAAUUUUACUUGGAUUUGAGCCUCCUGGAAAAAUUAAUCCUUCCCACUUGUCUGAAUGUUAUGAUGAACUACUUCAAUACUGUAUACAUCUGUCUAAAAAUUGCUUUCAGUCUCUCCUCUCAGGUUGCAGAAGCCUUACCUGUCCCAACUGAUGUGCCUUACCAUGAGGUGCAGCCAGGAAAUUGGUCCUGAUAAAAGAAUUCCAGAGGAUAGACUGCCUAUCUCCAAGGUGGAAUGGUCCCUUCCAGGUCCUGCAGACUACCAACACGGCUGUGAAUGUAGCCGAGCGAGAUUCUUGGAUACACGCAAGCCACGUGCGCUGCACCGUUGACCCUCAUAAGUUGUGUGAAUUUGCCUCUCCCGACAUAUCGCCUUCUACUGAACCUGUCAGCCCAGAGCCAGAAGAGAACGACUUUCUACCUCUUUCUGAGAGAGAAAUUGAAUCACUUCUCCUGAACAAGGGAUAUACAUAAUCGGAAAUCAAAGACCUGGACCUCAUUCACUACAGGCCAGAUCCCUUCUGGUCCUACUAGUCACGUUGACAUUCCACAUGAAUCUACACCCAACCUUGCCAUUGACCCUACCGGCACUUUGACAGAGGACGGUGGGUUUUCUGAAAGCUGUUUUCCUUUGUCCAGUCUUACUUAUAACCUCCGUCCGCGCAAGCGCUGAAAGGAUUACAAUCCCUGCACAAUGGCUAAACUCUUGUUCCUCCUUUGUAUAGGCCUUAUUUGGCUCCAAGGGGGGAUGGUAUUGGGACUAACACCUUUCUGCAGCUGGCAGAAGGUAUGGCACGAGCCGCAAACAAAACUGUUGGGUGUGUGCCUGGGCACCACAAAGCGCGCAUACUGGAUACCCAAUAGGUGCCCUUCCGUUAAACAGAACUGGACUAGUAAGUGAUGCAUUCCUGGAACAAAAUGACCAAACUGUGUGGUUCAACCAGACUGGGUGCAUCCAAUUCUCAUUCAGUGGUACAAGCCCCGUAGGUAGGAACCUUACAGGUACCACCUUUGUGGGAAAUCAGGCUGCACACACAUUAUAACAAAGGUGGAUGGGACACAUGUAUGGCAUAAUGGUUCCACUAUGUCUACCACAAACCUCUGGUGCACCCUAUUCAAACCAGAAAUAACAACCAUGUGGGGAGGGCCCACUAGUACAGACCUUUGCAAGGAAGGUAACACCACCUUUGGGAACCGAGCCAUGAUGAUAUAUCAGUCUGACUCGUGGAACAUGUAUAAUUAUUGGUGGAUAUGCGGUAAAUUUGCCUAUAAAAGGCUUCCGCAGAAUGCCUCAGGGUUUUGUUAUCUCGGUCUCGUAGCACCAGUUAUGAGGCUCGUUGACACUUUGCCACCAGGGCAUAUCAGGAACAAGUGGGAUGGGUCUUGGGAGAAAGCAUGGACUGGAUAGAACAAACUGCCCUUGCAGUAGCUGAAACUACCAUUCCAGGGGAAGGGCAGGCAAAACCAAAUCCUGAUUUGAAAACGAUGUCCCUGCUUAUGGAGAAAUUCAUGAAUACCAGAGAGGGGGCACUAGGUGUGGUACAAGAAAAUUUAAAUGAAUUGCGAAUCUUUACCCAGCAAAA